CCUUCGCACAGAGCAAAAAGUGGUGUCUUAAGAAAUGGACGUGUUGGCCAUUCCCGCAGACCGACCUAAAGGAUGGUACCUUUCUCUGAUGGCCCCCAACACAAAAGGACCAAUGUUUGCCUGGCUGGAUCCGUCCAGACUCUACUGCAACUCCCAGGCUCUGGCAGACUGUGCCAAAGACCUUCUCAGCCCAUUCCACAGCAACACCAUUGAUGUGGUCGCUGGGAUAGAUGCAAUGGGAUUCAUUCUCGGGGCGUCCAUUGCCACCGUUCUUGGAAAAGGCUUCCUGGCCGUCCGUAAAGCAGGACACCUGUGUGUCGCAACCGAAAAUCAAAACUACACCGACUACACAGGGAGGGAAAAGAAUAUGGAAGUAAGACUGGAUGUGCUAAAACCAGGUGUGAGGGUGUUGUUAGUGGACCAAUGGAUAGAGACCGGAGGUACGAUGAAGGCUGCCAUCCAGCUGGUAGAGAGACUGGGAGCCACUGUUGUAGGUGUAGCAGCUGUGGCAAUCGAAAACACUGAAGGGGGGAAGUGGAUCAAAGAAAAUUACAAAUUCUCUCACUGCAUCUCCGAAGAGCUACAGAGUCAAAUUGACCGGCAAUGUGUCAGUUCUUUCAAAAGCCUCAACUCAACAAGUGAAAAUAAUUUCUCGUGAGUUCAGUAGAGAAGAAAAGGGGAAGACUGAGACUGUCAAGAAAUUGUUUCAUCUGCACCGACAUGUUGUAUCUGUUUAAGAAAUACUGAAAUCCCUGUUUAAUAUGAGCUUUUUUU